UGGCUUCCAGAGUUUCCCACAGAAGCGCCUGUUUGGGAUAUUCCGCAUUUAGCAGCAGGCACCGGGGAGAUCCAGCAGCGGGAUCUGUACAGGUGCUCCGUCCCCCCUCACAGCCUCCGUCAAGCGGGCGGCGAAGACGGCGCCGCGUCCUCCCGAAGCCUCUCGCGUCAGUCCUUGAGCACCAGCCCCGCUCGCUUGGUGAAGCUCCUCCGGGCCCGCCAGCCUUCCCAACGCAAGGAGGGCCCUCGGGCCGCCGCGACGCCCAACGGCUCAUCCCGCCCGCGCGCCGCUCCCAAUCAGCCCGCUCGAGCCUCGCUGAGGCGGAGUCGGGCUCGCGCGUGGCCCACAGCUGGGAGGGGAGGCGCGGGCGGCAUGAUCGGGACCGUGCUCUGUUACGUGCUGCUGCCCGUGGCGCGGCUCCUGCGGGCUUUCCGAGAUGCUUUCUUUACAUGUCAAAAGAACAUGCUUCUGGCGAAGAGCACGACCACCCAUAUAGACGGCCUAUCUGCUCCCAUCAGUGGGAAGCCUGUCUCAGAGGAGCAGCAAGCCCUGCUGCAGCAGUGGCUGGAGGAAGGUGCUGGUGAGGUCCAUGCCAGUGAGAGUGCUUCAAAACCAGAGAAGGUGCCCACGAUAUCAAAUGCUGAGUGGCUGGAAGGCCCAGAGCUGCUGAUGACAAGCUUAAGCGACCUGAAUGUAUCACCACAAUCUGGUGGCCAGGAGCAGCUGCCAAGUGAGGUCCAGAUUGAGACGUCUCCUGGACUACAGGAAUUUGUAGAAGUGACAGGAAGUUUACCCGCAGAAGAAAGGGAGGCCUUAGGGGACAAUGCUAUAUGGGCAGCAGUAAGGACACAGGCUGAUCCUCAGAUGGUUGAAGCUGCUCCUCUGUCUACAGAAGUGUGGAUUGAAGACCCUGCAGUGUUAGCCUGGAGUCCUGCCCAGGAGACAGAUGUGGGUCCAACAGAGGGAGCAGUGUGGCCUUUUCAGAAUGCUGGUCAGUUUCAGCCACUCCCAUUAGAGAUACCUUAUCAUGAAAUUCUGUGGAGGGACUGGGAAGAUCUUUCUGCUCAGGCUUCCAUCCCAGAGUUGAGCUCAGAGGCUGGGUCUUUAUUUGAAUUCAGAGUCAUGUCGUAUAACAUUCUGGCCCAGGACCUGAUAGAACAGAGCCCUCAUCUUUAUAUGCAUUGCCAUCCAGACAUUAUGAACUGGAGCUAUCGCUUUACAAAUCUCUUACAGGAGAUCCAGCACUGGGAUCCUGAAAUUCUUUGUCUCCAAGAAGUUCAGGAGAAUCACUAUUGGGAACAGCUGGAACCAACACUUACGAUGAUGGGCUUCGCCUGCAUCUACAAGCGGAGGACAGGCAGGAAGACAGAUGGUUGUGCAAUCUGCUACAAGCAAAGCAAGUUUCAGCUGAUAAGUGCUAGUCCUGUUGAAUACUUUCGGCCUGGCUUGGACAUCCUCAACAGGGACAAUGUGGGUCUAGUAUUACUGCUGCAACCUUUACUCCCAGAGAGCUUGGGAGACAAAUCAGUGAGUCCAUUGUGUGUGGCAAACACUCAUGUGUUGUAUAAUCCCCGUCGGGGCGAUAUCAAACUGGCUCAGAUGGCUCUGCUCCUAGCCGAGGUAGACAAGACUGCAAAAAUGGCUGAUGGCAAUUACUGCCCUAUUAUCUUAUGUGGGGACCUGAACUCUGUGCCUGACUCACCGCUAUACAAGUUCAUUCGGAAUGGCCAGUUGUACUACCAUGGGAUGCCAGCCUGGAAGGUGUCUGGACAGGAAGACUUCUGUCAGAACCCACACCAGCGGAAACUGCUGACUCCCCUGUGGCCCAGCUCUCUGGGGAUUACGGACAGCUGCCAGUAUGUCAGUCUAUGCCAAAGCAAGAAGUCAGACAGGCGCAAAUACAGCCGUGACUUCCUGCUUCAGUUCCGUUAUUGUGAUGUUGCAUGUGAGCGACCUGCAGAUUUGAUCCUGUUGGAAGGUGUGACGGAUGCCACGCCAGACCGUCCUGCACAUUGGCCUAAGGAGCUCACUGUAGUGAACAACUCUGAUCCAGAUCUGUGUUACUCAAGGUAUCCUGGCAGUAUCCAGCAUGGCCUCAACCUGACUUCUGCCUACAGCCACUUCCUGCCUGAGAGAGGUUGCCCUGAGAUUACAACCAUGCCAAUGGGUGUUGGGGCCACAGUUGAUUACAUCUUCUAUUCAGCAAAGCCUGUCAAGAGUGAUAAUGAAGAAUGUCGCAGGAUGUACCAAGAUGGAGCCCUAAAGCUGCUUGGCCACCUCUCCCUCCUCUCUGAAGACAUCCUUUGGUCAGCAAAUGGCUUGCCAAACCCUUUCUGUUCAUCUGAUCAUCUUUGUCUGCUGGCCAGCUUUGGCCUACAGAUCUCUGACUUCUGAUCAUGUGCCAGAUCUCUAGGACUCUCGCAAGAGUUGGUCUGAAUGGGAAAAAUCAUGCCGUUGAAGUUUACAUUAGCUAUCUUUAAAAAAAAAAAGCAAAAGCUAUUUAUCUUCCCCACCCUCAUCCCUCCCCUUUAUGAGAUGUCCUUGUUCGUUUCUCCCACACUUCUUUUUUCAUGAGGAAAUAACCUGAGUUCACCCAGAAUGCUACAGUGCUUCACUGCCAGUUUAUGGCUGCUGCACCAGCUUUUUUUUCUCUUUUAACAAAGUGUAUCCUGCCAGCAAAUUAGCAGAUUUCUGUCAGCUUGGCAAGUAUGCUUGGCCACCAUUGCUUAGAAGUCAGCAGAGCAAGUCUUUGUGCACCACAAAGACCUUAGCAGGACUAGAGAUGAUUUGAGCCGGAGUCUAAUCUGGCUUCAUUCUUUUUUCUUUUCAUCACAAGCAGCAGUUGGCCCAUACAUUACUGUUUCUGUUGCACCUAGGCCAGAAUGCUGCUGAUGAUUUUUGCAUGUGUGCAAAACAUAGGGCAUUUUUGAAGUGCUGGUACAGCUCAUAACCUCCAAAGGUGGGUGCUUGUUGACUGAAAUGUUGUUUCUCUUAUCUGCUUGGAAGUAGCGUCAAAUCAACCCGUGUCAACUAACCGUACCCUAUGGAGGUCACCUUGCCAAAAUUCAGCUCUCCUGCAUGAACAUUUGGAAGCCGCCUGCUCAUACUGUAACAGACUUUUAUCUCUGCUCUAAGAGCCCGCUUGGAUUUUAUGCUCAGGUUCUUGAGAAGGCUGUUUUCUCUCUCCCAUCAACUUGUGACAUUUUUGUUGCCUCUGGUGGCACUUCAGGGAAGAAAAAGACGGACUAAAAGUGGCAAAAACCCAAAUGAGCGCUGCUUUGUUCUUUGUUACAGCUAGUAAGCCACAGUACUGGGUACCUCAACUGGUCCUGGCAGUUGCUGCUCAUUUUUUCCUUUAUCACCAAUGAAUUGUGACAGGAGCAUGCAGCUGCAGAGUUAAGGCCAGCCUCUAAAUAACCCACAUCCUUUCCUUGAUACAUGGAAUCCACAGGAUCAACUUCAGCUUUGUGUGGGCCAUGGCACAACUUUAUUUUGUGGGGGAAGGGAACGCAUUGGGAGUUGUCAGUAUUUUUAAUGUUUUCUUAAAAUUUGAAAAAAUAAAAUUUUAUAA